AUGCUCUACAGGACAUUUGACGACGAAAGUCUCGACAGUAUCGGUUGCUGCAGCAAUUUUGGCGGGUCAAUUCAAGACAGCUUAAAUUUUAUGGAGACAUACGCUAAAGGGGAAGCAGGACCGUACCUUAUGAGACUGGGUCCUGAGACGUAUACUAGUGAGUUUAAAGGGACCCAGUCUCCUGCAGAGCUGACAAAUAUUCCAACUAUUGUCACAGCCGUCUCCACGGCCGACUUCUACCCGGUCCAGUCCUUAAUCCGCCAGUGGAAGGAAUCCAUUAAGCCAGUGUUUAAAGAGAUCAAGGCACAUUGUGACUGUGAGAUACGUGAAUUUAGAACAAGCGCCUAUCCCAAACAUGUUGCCGACAUUACCACGUUUGCAUAUAGACCUAUAAUAAUCCAGACCAUCAUAGAGGAGACUGGUUCCGUGUUAUGGAUGAACCCUAACAUGCUUUUCACUCAGGCUUCUGAUCUAAAACAGUUGAUGUACCGUGGAUCACGUGACUUCUUUUUGUGGCAGCCAGCGGAGUUUAUUGGAACGAUCGCUUUCACCGAUAUGAAAAUGUUCGAGUACCUCAAGGAGGCUCGGUGCUGCUUCACUGAAUCAGGGAUGAUCGAUGUCUCCACCAUUGUGUUAUACAGGACGAAUACCACGUGGUCUACCAUCAUGAAACCAUGGCUUAAAUGUGCAUUGAAUAGCGCGUGCAUUUCCCCGCCAAAAUCCAGGUAUAGCGGUUGUUUCGAAAUGCGCAGUCCGAAAACAACCGGAUGUCAUAGAUAUGACCAAUCAGCAUUGAGCAUUAUCAUAGAUAGAGUAUACCAAUUUUCAUUAAAGUCGGAGAAAUACUUAGUUCCAAGAAUUUCUAGGCAACAGGAGGAAUACCUCGAAUAUUUCCCAGAACAGCCCUGGACAUAUACAGAAAUGUUUUUCGUGAGUGCAGUACCUUUAACCUGUGUUGGUGGACUUGUUUUUAUGUUCUGGAGAAGAAAACAAAGUGCUAAGAAAUCUACUUACAGAAAAAGAUAAUGUUAACAAAUGCACAUGUAUAGUUAGUUUUUUAUAACUUGUAAAGUUCAAUUCAGGGUAUUCUUAAGACAAUCUGUUGAGUUCUUACUGGAUUAGAAGUUAUAAUUCACAGUUUUCAGUAACCAUAAAGUUUGAAUCAGAUUUUGUUUUAUCAAAACCUCCGAUUAUUGUUUUCUUUGAGAUAUAAAUUUGUUGACUAUAUAUAUUAAAUAUGUAGAACAUGGUUGUACCAGAGAUGUAGAUAAAAUUAUAUCUAUGUGUCUUUGGUUAUGUCUAUCGCAUAUAUUUGACUGAUAUUCCUAGUCAGUAAAGAUAAUGUAAUGUGAAUAUCAGAAAAAAUAAUUGUUUUUUUUUCCUUCAUAUAAUCAAGGACAAAAUUGGUAGUCAGUCUUUGUUCUUUCCACAGGCAACAAGCGUUGGUUAAUAUUUUGUUUCCUUGAUUUAUGAAGAUAUAAUCAUUUUACAAUAUAAAAUAUAAUUAUUGACUAGACAUUUGAACAAUUCAAAAAGACCCGUUUAAAUUAACAUGUUGAAUGAUAUAUUAACUUUUAAUUAAAUUAACAUCGUUCAAAACACUGACUGCUAGAUAAUGUAUAGUUUAGCUUAAAGCAAACAUUUGAUAUAUGUUUUUUUUUCUCGUUAGUCAUUCUUGUCACUUGCAUGUUUACUAAAAUUACAUAAUAGAAAGUUUAUCUUUUCUCUCAAUUUUUAUGAAGAUAUAUUCAUUUUACAAAACAAAGUACAUGUAUAAUUAAAUUAAUUAUUGACCAGAGACAUUUGAUUAAGUCAAAUGCCAGUUUAACACGUUGGGAGAGUUUUAUUACUUUUUAUUGUAAUACAUUUGUAUAUAUUAUAAAACUCUAUCACAUAUUUAAAAACUUUGCUAACAUUUACAAAGCUCAAAACCAUGACUGCUAAAUACAACAUUAAUUUAUAUGUUAGCUGAAAGCAAACAUUUUGUAUACAUGUUUACCACCCCUCCCCCCGGCAUUAUUUCACUCUUGUCAUAACACAAUGUUUUUAUAGAGGUGUGGAAGCCCCCCCCCCCACCU